AUGGUGGAAGCUCUCAGAGCAGUCUUGUGCGCAAGGAUCCUCGACGAGCUGUGCUUUGCUGGAGCCCUCCGGCACCCGCGAGCAUGUCCAGACAGAGCCCGGGCAUGCGCCAUCACAGGGGGGGUGCAGCGCCGACCAAGCAGAUGGCAGGCGCUAGGGAUGUUGCAGCAUGGAGGCAGAACUCGGAGGGUUCGAGCAACGUUGUGGAGAUGUCAACAAGAAGGCUCGAGCGCCGACAACUCAAAGGACACGGGCUAUGACGAGCUGGAUGAACUGGUGAAGAAGGAGAAACAGUCUCUCGAUAUCGAGGAGCGGAAUCAAAGACCAAGAAACUGCGUCCUCGCAAUUCUGCGAGCCAAGAGCAUUUCCCCGGUGCCAGGGCUGCCGUCGGUGGACAAUGGUGACGUGGCAGAUCAGAAGUAUGUGUUCGAGUACUUGCUCGAGAGCCGCGAGAGCGUUGGAGAAGAGUGGAACAUGGGGAUGAUGUUCUACCUGCCGGAGGUGCAGGUGAUGGAGAAUGAAAGUGUGGAUGAGGCGAUCGGUCGCCUUCUGAGAGAGUUCGGGUUGGAAAAAGGGCAGGCGGCGAUCUACCCGAACCUGUUCCAGAUACCUGAAUAUGAGGUUGUGCAAGAGAGAAGUCCUUUGAUACUUCCCGACAACGAGGUGCACAUGACGACCAAAAUCCUGGAGUUUCUGCGAGCCGAAGCUUUCAUCGUCGUGGACUACAAGACUGAGAAUGACUGCUGGCCCAUAGUGUGCACAACAAGCCAUGAGCUGCGAUGGGUUGACACUAAAGAUAUUCUAGAAGGCUGGCUUGCUGCCACUGGGGGCAAACCCACGCUUAACUCAGACAACCUGGACUCCGCCUUCCUCUUGAAAGGUUCAAGUCAACCCCUGCUAUCGGGCUCUGGUUGUGAGUUGAGAGCAGACGGCUCGCGGGUGCACGAAGACGUUGUUGCUGUGCUGGCUCGUGUCGAGGUUGGGCCUCUUGCUGACUUGAAGGUCCUUGUGAGCUGCGAGCAGGGGCUGCGGGAGAGGUGGCCGACCAGGGUGCUGGAGAACUUCCGAGAGAUUUCAGGGACGACGGAGGAGAACAAGGAGGAGAAGACAAAGAAAGAGAACCACAAGGAGAUUGUGUUGAUAAUCGCAAAGUCAGGAAGGACGUACAUCAAGAAAUGA